AUGUCUUCAGGAGGACAGAUGAUGAGCAGCAGAUGCUCCGCACCCUGUGAGGUGGCCUGCCCACAGCCCUAUGCUGAUGUCUGCAGCCAGCCCUGCGUCGCCUCCUGUGGGGACUCCCGUGCCCUCGUCUACGCUCCGCCUGUGGUCAUCACCUUCCCAGGCCCCACCCUCACCUCCUUCCCACAGGAGACCAUUGUGGGCUCUUCAUUCCCAUCACCCAUUGGAGGCUUCUCAGGGUCACUGGGCCCCAGUGAAUCUGGGGGCUCUUUUGGUUCUGGUGGCUCCUAUGGAGGAAGCAGCUCCUACGGAGGAGGCGUAGGGGGUUCCUACGGAGGGGGCAUAGGGGGCUCCUAUGGAGGGGGCAGGUCAUUUGGAUCUGGGGGCUCAUUUGGAGGCAGAAGAUCCAUCAGCUCCAGGAGCUGCUACGGAGGUGGCUUUGGAGGAGGCAGCUCCUACGGCGGUGGCUCCUCUGGGGGAGGGCGCUCCCUUAGCAUAGCGAGCUGCUAUGGAGGCCUCGGCUCCUCUGGGUUCCGCAGGUCUGGUGGGGGAAGCUGUGGUUACUUCUGA